UAGUUCAUAAAACACCCUUGUUGCAAUUUUGCAAAAUAAUAUAAAAUAAAACAUGGUGCGAAAGAAGUAGGAGCUUGCAGCAGCUGAAACUGAACACAUACUGAGUGAAGCGCGGCCCUCGGACCAAAGCAAUCCUGACCAACCUCAUUUCUCUCUCACUUCCAAUCUCAGCCGUUGAUUCUCCGAUCCAAGAACGUGUAUGUCAUUGAAACCUAAGUUUACUAUACCAUCCGAUUCACAUUAUCAAGUCACCGUCAUGUCCUCCAAAAUUAACGGUCAGAUUUCUCCACAGCCAUGUCCCCACUUGGCCGAGUUCCGCCUCACUUCCUCCAAACCAUUUCUCUCCCUCCACAACUGCCUCCGCAUCAAGCCUCCCGGCGGCCGUGCCUCCCUCCGCCGCGAUCCUCAUGAACUUCCUCACUGCAGCGCCUGUGGUCUCUCUGCUCCUUCUCGCCUCUACGCCUGUAUCGCUUGCGCCGCCGUCUCAUGUCACUCUUCUUCCUCCGGGGUCCCUUCCCACGCCACCGCACACGCCGCUUCAAUGCCGCCCGGUCAUCAGAUCGCAAUCGACGUCGAACGCGCCGAACUCUUCUGCUGUGCUUGCCGCGAUCAAGUCUACGAUCGCGACUUCGACGCCGUAGUAGUGAUCGCACAGACCGUCGCGUCCCUCGGCGGCGGUGAAUCGACGACAAUCCCGACGCCGCAUCCAGAGAAUCUCCGUAAGAGACGCCGAGUGGAUUACCGUCCUUCGACUCCGGAUCUGCGCGAGCGCGCUCUGAUCGGAAGCUGUUCUGCUCCGAUCGACGAUUUUCCGAGGGGAUUGCGGGGGCUGAACAAUCUCGGAAACACUUGUUUCAUGAAUUCGGUGUUACAAGCGUUGCUUCACACGCCGCCGUUGAGGAAUUACUUUCUGAGUGAUAAACAUAAUCGGUACUUUUGUCAGAAAAUAAACAAUGUCAAUGAUGAUGAUGAUUCUGGUACAGCAACAAAGAAGAAAAAUAGCGGUAACAGUGGAAACAAAAAUGGACGAAUAUGCUUGGCUUGCGAUAUGGAUGCUAUGUUCUCCGCCGUGUUUUCGGGAGAUCGUUCUCCCUAUAGCCCCGCAAAGUUCUUAUACAGUUGGUGGCAGCACGCAGCCAAUCUUGCAAGUUAUGAACAACAGGAUGCGCAUGAAUUUUUCAUUUCCAUGCUUGAUGGAAUCCAUCAAAAAGUGGACAAAGAUCAGCGUAAGCCACACAGUGAAGGCAGUGGUGAUUGUUGCAUUGCUCAUAGGGUAUUCUCUGGCAUUUUGCGGUCAGAUGUUACGUGUAUGGUAUGUGGUUUCACAUCAACAACUUAUGACCCGUGUAUAGACAUAUCACUUGACUUGGAGCCAAAUCAAGUUGGUUCUACUAAGAGUGCUGCUGUAGCAUCUAAGCAUUCUUGCAAUGGUGAGGCCGAUCGCACAAAUUCAAGCCAAAACUGUGGGAUAUCUACCUUGAUGGGGUGCUUAAAUAGAUUUACAAGAGCAGAGAAAUUGGGGCCAGACCAAAAGUUUUUCUGUCAGCAGUGUAAGGUGCGGCAGGAAUCUCUUAAGCAAAUGUCCAUAAGGAAGCUUCCCCUUGUUUCUUGCUUCCAUAUAAAAAGAUUUGAGCACUCUUCAACAAGAAAGAUGUCAAAGAAGGUGGACCGUUAUCUGCAGUUCCCAUUUUCAUUGGACAUGUCACCUUAUCUCUCAUCAUCAAUCUUAAGGAGUCGGUUUGGUAACAGAAUAUUUCCUUUUGAUGGAGACGAGUCUGAUGCUUCAAAUGAUCUAUGUUCAGAGUUCGAAUUGUUUGCUGUAGUUACUCACUCUGGUAAGCUAGAUGCUGGCCAUUAUGUGACCUAUCUGCGAUUAAGCAAUCAAUGGUACAAGUGCGAUGAUGCUUGGGUUACUCAAGUUGAUGAAAACAUUGUGAGGGCUGCUCAGGGUUACAUGAUGUUCUAUGUACAGAAGAUGCUUUACUAUAAAGCAACAGAUAAACCAGUCGCCUCAUGAUUGACACAGGAAAUGGUCCAAAUUAUUGGUAUGUCGUGGUCAAUAUCAAUUUUCGCUUCUAAUGAUAUGCCAUGACUUUUCCAUUCAUACCCAAGGAAACUAAAAACAAGAACAAAAAUAUAAUUUAUUUGCAUCAUAGUUUGCAAUUGUGUAUCAUUUUUAGAGAUAAGAGUUAAUACUUUCAAGUUGAUGCUAGAAACGAGCCAGUAUUUUUUUGGCACUUCAACUUCUGGAAACUUGAGGGUAUGGAUUCCUUAUAAUUCAUGUUUUUACCUUCAGUCUCUUUCAUUGAAUCAUGAUCUAAGUGGUGUUUUCACAUGUUUGAAAUCAAAGCUUCCAAUGAUAUUAUAUA